CGAAAUCCUGCUAGAGUAUAAAAGACGGAUCCGACCUGUUUUUCCCGUCAGUGUAAUAACACAUUUCAAAAUUGCAAUUGGGCUGAUUUUGGUUUACGUAUUGUUGAUUGCUUUUCUCGUCAAGCUUUCGUUGCGACCCUCCAACUUUCCGCCAGGCCCAAGAGGCGUGCCAUUUCUUGGCUUUGCUCCUUUUCUGCCCAAAAAUGAGCCAUUCUUCAGAGCCAUGCAGAAGAUGGCUAAGACGUACGGGCCUGUGACUGGUUUCUAUUUGGGACCCUUUUUGCCUUUCAUUUCUGUGGACGGGCAUAAGGCUGUCGAAGAAGCUCUGCAUAAUAACGACCUGAAUGGCAGACCGUCGGGUACACUCGUUAUGAGUAGAACGUUUGGAAAGAAGUUAGGUUUAGUGUUUGUCAACGGCGAUUUUUGGCAAGAACAGCGGAGAUUCACGUUACGCCAUUUACGUGAGCUUGAGUUUGGAAAGACAUCGAUCGAGGAUCAGAUGAUGGACGAGAUUAGCGAUUUAAUUUCUGAUAUUACCGAAGCUGCUAAAUCCGAUCCGGAUCACGUAGUCGAUUUCAAAGCCAUUUUCACAGUGUCGGUGUUCAACAUUUUAUGGGCAAUUAUUGGAGGCAAACGAUAUCAGCGGGACGACCCGGCGUUUAAACAACUGUUAGCCAACGUUGAUCUAUUUCUCCGAGGUGGAAAUAUUGCACAAGUCGUCAUUCCUGUUCCAGCCUUUCUCGUUCGCCUGUUUCCUUCUUUACCAAGUCGCCUUGGUCUUAAAGACGAAUUGUUCGUUCCCAUUCAACAGUUCAUCGAGGAAUCGAUUGACGAACAUGUUUCCACGAGAUCGAAAGGCGAUGCCGCUCGUGAUUUCAUCGAUGUCUACUUGGACGAAAUGGAGAAGCAAUUGGAAAAAGAUUCUACUUUCACCAAAAAGCAGCUAAUAGCUGCGAUACAGGAUCUAUUCACUGCAGGCUCCGACACCUCGUCAGGGACGAUUGGUUUUGCGGUUCUUUCUAUGAUUAAUUAUCCAUCCAUUCAACAAAAGAUGCGUGAAGAACUAGAAAAUGUCUGUGGCGAUUCUCUUCCGUCACUGGCACAUCGCGCUAGCUUGCCAUUUACCGAUGCGUUUAUUACGGAAGGGAUGAGGAUGUCUAGCGUAGCUCCAUUAGGAGUUCCACAUCUUGCCAUGAAGGAAACGCAACUUCUAGGAUUCAACAUACCAAAAGGGAGCAUCGUAUCGGUCAAUAUCAAUUCUAUGCUGCAAGACACCGAAAUGUGGAACGACCCAGAAAAUUUCCGACCAGAACGUCACCUGGACGCCGACGGAAAACUGUUCAGAAACGAAGCCUUUAUUCCUUUCGGCAUCGGGAAACGAAUUUGUCUGGGUGAGUCUCUGGCUCGGAACACGGUUUUUCUGUUCACCGCAGCCCUCGCCAAAACGUUUGAAUUCAAAUCUCUGCCGAACAAACCGCCGCCGACAUUGGAACCCACAAUCGGAUUUGUUUCAGGCCCCCAACCUUUCAAAGCCGUUGUAGUCCCUCUGGUUCACUGAAAAAGAAAUUACAUCAACUUUAAAAUAAGAAUUAACAACAUUAUAUACCUACGCUAUAGCAGGCAAAAGUAA